AAAAGUCACAAGUCUAGAGAUUCCGCUGAUCCAGCUCUGCAGUGCUGUUUCUCCGAUAACGGUGACACCACCACUAGAAUCCCUGUUGUAAUCGGCAAGGAAACAGUGAGUUUUGAGAGAUGGCAUCAAAGUUGCUACAGCUGAAGUCUAAGGCCUGUGAGGCAUCAAAAUUUGUGUCCAAACACGGAACCACUUACUACAAACAGUUGCUGGAGAAGAACAAGCAGUAUAUCCAGGAGCCAGCCACUGUUGAGAAAUGCCAAGAGUUGUCUAAACAGCUUCUCUACACUCGUCUUGCUAGCAUUCCUGGACGUACUGAGUCGUUCUGGAAAGAAGUGGAUCACGUGAAGGGUUUGUGGAAGAAUCGUGCGGAUUUGAAGGUUGAAGAUGCUGGGAUCGCAGCACUUUUUGGUUUGGAAUGCUUCGCUUGGUACUGUGCUGGUGAGAUCGUUGGAAGAGGCUUCACUUUCACCGGUUACUACCCUUGAAGAAACAAACAGACAAACCAUUUAAGGCUGAAAAACUGGCGGGUUUAUUAUCGAUCUCAUGGCUGAUAUUAGCUAAAAGUUAAAUUUUAUCUUCUGUCUUUGGAUAAUUAAUACACACAAGUUUUUGAAGUUGAGGCCAUAUCAUUAUUGCUCAUGCCUAGCUCUUAAUAAUAUCAGUCGACAACUUGUUUGCGUUUUGGUUUUGUUUGUUGAGUGUGUGGAUGACCUUUUACUUGUGUAUCAUCAUCAGUUACUGAACUCGGACUCCUCCACGCCUCGAGUGUGAGGAGAGAAGGCAAAGAUAUCGCGCGCUGAUCUUAGGCUAUG